CCUUCAAAUACAACAGGUACUACAAAGGGACAAUGGGGAUGUAUUAGGAGAUGAAAUAAUUUUUCUGACAGAUGGUCAGGCAACAGACAACAUUGCUGGUUGUGCUCCAUCUGCAAUACAAAGUGGUGCCAUUAUAAGCACAAUAGCUUUUAGUGACAGUGCAGCUCAGGCACUUACAGAUAUGGCGAACAAAACUGGGGGAAUAUUUUUCAUAGCCAGAGAUGACAUGAUCUCCAACCAGUUAAUGGAUGCUUUUGCUAUGCUUACAUUAUCAACUGGUGAUUACACAAAAGAACCAGUUCAGCUAGAGAGUGUUGGAGCAAGAACAUCUGGUUGGUUCAACGGGACAGUAUCAGUGGAUCAGACUGUUGGGAACAAAACCAGCUUUGUAAUAAUCUAUGAAAAAAGUUUUCCUAGUGUUUACAUACAAUCACCAAGUGGCUCAAUCUACACUCAGACAAAUAUGAGUCAUGAUGGAUCGCUCAAAAUAGUCACUUUAAACAUUCCAGGAACUGCAGAGCCUGGGGACUGGAAGUACAAUGUCCAAACCACCUCAAAUCAGGCUUUCACUAUAACAGUAACGAGUCAAGCGGCGCGUGCUGAUGUUCCUCCUAUUAUUGUAAAAACCCACAUGAACCAGCAGUUCAAUGACGGCUCUAAACCCAUGACAGUGUUUGCUGAGGUUAGUCAGAAUUACAGGCCUGUAAUAAAUGCUGAAGUGUGGGCUACACUGGAGUCAAAAACUGGGUUAACACAUAAUCUACAACUGCUGGACAAUGGAGCAGGAGCUGAUGCUUUUCAGGGUGAUGGAAUCUAUUCCAGAUAUUUCACAAAGAUUGUAGAUGGGAGAAGCAGCUUGAAAGUAAGAGUGAAGAACAAAGGUGGACAAAUCAGAUUUGCUGCCCCAAAAAAUAGUGGCGCCCCAUAUGUUCCAGGAUAUGUGGUAAACGGUGUUGUGCAGCUGAACCCUCCAAAGCCUCCAGUUUCUGAGGAACCACUUGAGGUUGGAAACUUCACCAGAACAGCCACCGGAGAGAGUUUUGUGGUGAAACUUUCAGGCACAACUCCACUAAACUUCCCUCCUAACAGAAUCACAGAUCUGAGUGCUGAGAUCCAGGAGGACACUGUGAUUCUCAGCUGGACAGCACCUGGAGAGGACCUCGACCAAGGCACAGCUAAAUCCUAUGAGAUCAGAUGGAGCUUUGACCUUGAUAUGCUUCGAAACAGCUUCAGCAAUGGUCAUGUAGUGAACACAGCUGCCGUCUCUCCUCACGAGGCUGGAUCAGUUGAACAACAUUCAUUCAAUCUCAGUUUCCCAAUCCAAAAUGGGACCACACUCUUCUUUGCGGUUCAGUCUGAGGACAAACAAAAUGCAAAAUCUGAAACCUCCAACAUCGCUCAAGCUUCAAAGAUCCUGCCUGGUCCAAAACCCCCAGGAGUAUCAAACCCAGGCCUGAAUUUAACACUUCUUGUCAUCUCUCUGUGUGUGGGAAUUAUGGUUAUAUGCUUUAUUGUAGUUGUAACCACGUGGGCAGUGAGACGCAGGAAUCUCGCUGUCUAAAGCAACAACUGACAUUAACGACGCAGAUAAAUAUAAAAUCAAGCCUUAUUCCUACUUUUAACAAAUACAUGCAAUAGCUUAAA